UAAUGAAAUUAUCACCGCUACAUCAGUGAUAAGAAUACGUGUUUAGAACUUUCUGAUGAAAAGAAGCUGAAAAGUUUAUUCAUUACUUCUCGAUUAAGUUAUCGGAGUAUAAUAUUGUACUUGGAACACGUAUCACAAUAGAAUUCAAAGGUGACUGAUAACUUGGACUUCGCAUCAUCAUUAUAAUUUCAAUAUUUUCAGAGGAUUUCGUGACAUCGAUAUGAUUACGAGUCAAAUAUUUUCACUUUAACCAACUUUCCGUAGAGUGCCGAUGAAGAGACAGAAUGUGUCAACUUCUACUGUUACUCAAACAUUAGAUGUAUAAAGUUUUCAAGUUCUUGCUGCAUUACAUUAUUGGUGAAACAUUCAUUUGAAGGAUGUCAUCUGAACUACCAGCACCCCCGACAUCAUCUUGGAUCAACGAAAGACCCAUAUCAUGGGUACAUCGCGUAUGUUUCUAUUUUUUGAGAUGGGGAUCUAUACCGAAACACGUAGCUAUCGUUAUGGAUGGUAAUCGACGAUAUGCUAAGAAGAAAUAUGUUGAAAAAGUAGAAGGACAUCAGAGAGGAUUUGCCAAGUUAUCUGAAACUUUGAAUUGGUGUUUGAAACUGGAAGUGUUCGAAGUAACUGUGUACGCUUUUAGUAUAGAAAAUUUCAAAAGAAAUAAAGAAGAAGUUGAUACUUUAAUGGAUUUAGCUAAAACUAAAUUUAAAGGAUUAAUAGACGAAUGGAGGAAAUUGAGAGAACAUGGAGUAUGUAUUCGUAUCAUCGGUAAUAUGACUCUUUUACCCAAAGAUCUGUGUACGCUGAUGUUAAUCGCUAUGUUGCUCACCAAAGAUAAUAAAAAAGGGUAUUUAAACAUUGCUUUUUCUUACACAGGAAAAGACGAAUUAGCCAAUACGUCAACUAGUAUUUUGCAAGGUCUCCGAAAAGGUGAUAUCAAAGAUAUUGACGUUACAGAAAAAUUUCUUGAUCAAUGUUUGUAUACUUAUCAAUCUCCUCAUCCAGAAAUUCUAAUCAGAACUUCAGGAGAGAUCAGACUUAGUGAUUUCUUAACCUGGCAGGGUUCGAAUAGCUAUGUCCAUUUUGAUAACGUUCUCUGGCCAGAAUUUUCAGCUUGGAAUUUCAUCUCGGCUAUCUUCUGUUAUCAACAUUUCGCCAACAAAGCAAUAAAAAAUUUACAAAACGAGCCGAAGUAUCAAAGCAGCCCUGAAAGUAAGAAAUUCGUCGAUUCCGUGCAAAAAGAACGAAUGAAAAUCCUCGCUGAGUUAUGUAACGAUAACGAGCACAUAGACGCGGAAAAAUUUCUUUCUUUUACUCCCGAAGAAUUGUACGAUUAUUACAAAUUAUAUAUUCACGUGGAGUGAAUUUUUUUCAUCUUAUUUAUCACACUGUGGAUUUCUUUUUAAAAAAAACGUCAAUUUGGAGACUGAAGUACGUUAUAUUAUAUUAACGCCGGCCGUUUCUUAUCAAGCAUGUAGCUGUUUAGCAAUAAAGCGCAUUAAAAAUGAAUGUCUGAAUUACCAGUUUUAUUUUGUUUUUUUAAUACUUUAUUUUACAUUGUACUGUACAUAUUUUGUCGGCGAAUGUACAUUAUUUUUAAAAAUUGCAUUUGUAUUUAUAUUUUGUACUGCAUGCAAUUAAUUAUUUUUGUCUAAACGAAUGUUUUAAUUCGUGGUUCCGAGAAUGUUUUCCCUUGUAAAUUCAAAGUUUACUACCUAUUUAUUUAAUUUUUUUUAGAAAUUUUUUCGCGUAGUAAUUUAUUAAAUUGAAAAAAUUGAAUAUCAUGCAAUUAAAUUGUUUACGUUGA